UCAUGACACAACAUUGACAACAAGAUCUGGUCGCGCGGGGCAGGACGAACUGUUCUGGCGCAAACAGCACAUGCACCGUUCCAGGUUUAAAUCGGUUAAGAACCUAGCCCAGUUACCAUGAAGAGAUAUACAAAUCCUUUCCUGCCUGCUCUGCCAUUUCUUAGCAGACAUGGGAGAUAACUCCUUCCCAAGGAUACAGAAUCAAGACAGCGAACGACACCAGCCAUCAACAAAAAGCGGGCAAGAGAAGAGCAUAAAUAAAUGAUCAGGAUUAAUUAAUUAUACGACCGACUCCUUAAAGGCAGAUUAUAGCGACCUAUACAAUACACCAACCACCAUAAUCAGUAAACUGUUUGUAGCUAACACACGUACAACAUUUUACCAUCGCGUGUACAAGAGUUCUUCCUGCAGACUAUUUCUGGAAUUCGAUCGUAAUCAUGGAAACGUACACUGACGUUCUACUUGUUACCGCAAAUGUUGGGUCAUUAUUCGACAAUGUGGGUGAGAUUGAGAGUGACUGGCUUCGCGAAUUAUUUGGGACUGUCCAGAGUCACAAACCACGCUUCAUCGCCCUGCACUUCCAGGAGGUUGGAGGCAAGGACUACAUGGUCAAUAUGGGCCAUGCGGAGAACUUCUUCUGGAACAUUGAGUCCAGUGAGGAGAUGAGGGACUUUGACAGGGUCUGCAUCUAUGUGGACAACCACUUUAAGAACGUGGACAGCUUCACGGCCCUGGGAAGCAUGUACUUCAUCCACAAGUCAUUGAAAAACAUCUACCAAUAUGAUUUUAAUGUUAAAGAUUUUAAAGCAGUGUCUGGACAAAACAAGUAUGUGGGAUCCCUGGAUGGAGUAACCACAAUGGAGAAAGAAAAAUUCCCGAAGAAUUUCUGGCCUGAUUUCAAAUGGUCUAGGAAGGGCUUCAUGAGGACCCGGUGGAUCAUUCACAACCAGGGUCUGGACCUAGUCAACGUACACCUUUUCCAUGAUGCCUCCAACCUCAUUGCCUGUAAUGCCAGUCCCUCCAUCUACUCAGCCAACCGCCAGAAGGCCCUCAGAUAUGUCAUCAAUAGGAUAUCAGAGAGCAGCUACACUCCACUCCCCUUCUUCCUGUUUGGGGAUUUCAACUUCCGCCUGGACACCCUUAGCCUGGUCCAGAACUUGUCCACUUCAGCAGAGGUGCAGACAGUGAAGAAGGACAGCAGUAACGAGGUGGAGAAAAUAAUCUGUGAGGAAAAGGACAAUGACCACAAGAUUCUUCUCCAUAUUGAGACCAAGUUGUUUGCCUACCUGCACCAGGCAGUGUUCAGAGAGGACAACGGCAGGGCGAUUUUGAAAUAUGACAAGGAGAUUGCAGCCUUUCAAGAUGUCAUUGCCGAGGAAGAAAUCCUGUUUCCACCCAGUUACCCCUACAGUGAAGACUACACUAAACCCACCCAGUACAUGAACACUCGCUGCCCCUCCUGGUGCGACCGUAUCCUCAUGUCUCACACUGCCCAAGACAUCAUCCACAGGAGGGAUGAGGGAGAGAGCAGUGUGGUUUACAACAUACUGGGCCCUAAUGUCUGCAUGGGCGACCACAAACCUGUUUUCUUGUCCUUUGCACUGAAGACAAAUGGCCAUUGACAAGGAUCCCUCUGUGGUAAGAGUAUAUGUGCUAGUGAGUGUAUGUUCUUCUGUAGGUUUACAGGAUUAUAUCCAGGGGGUCUCUGAAAUAGCGAUCACAGGCCGUAAUCUUGUCCACCUCCCAGGCCUUAUUCUCCAGAGAGCGAUAGACCAGGCUGGCCCAGUGGAGUGCUGUUGGGAUAUGAACUAAAAUGAAGUGCCUCUGUGGACAAACUGCAUCCUUUGUCCAUAAUGUAGCUGGACCAUCUGUCUAUAGAAUCCUCUCCACUGUCACUGUGUGUGGCUACACUAAGCCCAAUGUGGGUCCUCUUUUCAUUCAUUACCAGACAGAUCGCCACCCAGAGAGACAUUCAUUGUGCAGGGCAGUGUAUUGGCAUUUUUACGGCUGUGAUUUUGUUUUGCUGCCAUUUCUAUGACUUUUUCAUAUGAUGGUUUUCUCCUUAAAGAGGUUUUCUCUUCAGAAGUUUCUAACAGUGACAAAAGCCAUGGUUCAGAAAGACUUACAGCUGUCAAUGAGCUUUUCAAUGAGGGGACAGCAUACCAAAGCAUAUAAUAUGUGAUUCUCUGGUCUGCCAUGGCUAUCCUGGUCCCAUCUAUGAAUCCAGCAGGAUUUCACACAAUUUGGACUUGUAUCUUUUGUUUUUUUAGGAACUCCUUUAGCAAUCCUAUAUCAUUAAUUUACACAUUGAAACAAUUUAUAGAUGAUUUCCAGAUGUUACUGUAUGUUUUCCUUGUGCAUGGUAAAUAGAGUUAACUUUUUUCCCAUUAUCUAAGCCAGUGUCUAUCCAACAUUGGUCAUCACCAUCACACACUCCCACUCCGCUAUCCGUACCAGAGGAUAAACAGAGCAGCUCCUACCCAGUCACGGCACCCAGCCUCUCACCGAAGUGCAUGCAAUUCAGUCAGUUUCCAACCAACCAAGCCUCUCAUUCUAUUCUCCUCUCACUCCAAGUUAUUGAUUGCAAUGACUUGGGUGACAUCAUCACAGAUUUGAUCAUCAGCAUUAUGGAUUUUUUUGACAGACAAUUUGCUCUGUCCUGUGCUUGGCCAUACGUCUCUCGCCAUCCAUACCCCAAAAUGUACACCGAGAUGGUAUUUUCUGGGAGUCCUCUCUUCAGUGAUGGAUCGUUGGAAUAGGACCAACGUAAAGACAAUCGACUAUGUGACCGUGGGACUGCUGAUGUUUAGGCCAUGGUCUUGUCAGGGAGGGACCAGCUCUCGCCCAAUGGGAGGAAGGAGACAUGUGAGGACACACACACAUAUACACACUCUGGCACUCUGCCAAGUAAAUACCCUGACUUUAGCUGGUCAAACGGUUUUAAAGUGUCAAGGGAUUAUAAUGAAGUAUUGACCAUUCCUUCUGACAUUCCUGAAUGGAAUAUCCAUGCAUGCUUUUAAUUUGUAUGUUAGUAGUCUUUUAUUUUCUUACUGUUUUAACUGUUUACCAUCAACAUAAGCAUGCUGAAAGCAAACACUCACAAACACAUUAAACAAAAGCUGCUACAGUAUUUCAAUGCACUAUCAGCAUGUUUGUCAGAAUAGAGCAGUAGUGUAAUACACAUUUCUCUGUGCAUUAUUAUGUUGUGCAGUCUUUUGUUGGAAACAUACAUUUUUACCAGUAUGUACAUACUAUCCCAGCUCAUCCUUGGAACACUGAACUCCAACAAAACGCUCCAUUUGCCUCCUAAUGCCACGCUGAGGUCAUUUUUCCUAACCUACUAUCUCAAUGGUGUUAUAAACUCAGCUUAAAUCAAUAAAAUGAUGUAAAAGACCAGUGGGCCAGAUUCAGGCUGGGAGCCCAUAAGGUCAGUAUGAAAUGUGGAAUGGGCGCCUUCCUUUCCCAUCAGACCUCUGCCUUGGAUUCCCUCAGCCUCUAAAGUGUAGAUUCUACAUGCUGCUGAAUACUGAUGAUCACAGCUCUGCCUGCCUGUUACCACACUCUGCUGGGUAUACUCUCUGGUGGCUUGUACGUUGACAUAUUAUGGGGUGGGCCUAUGUAAUGUACAACCAUGGUUCAACUGUAAGGUUAGUCUACUCUAUCGGACAUCAGAGCAGACAUGGGUGGCUAAAUGUUGUGUCGGCUUCUGUGAAUAUUCAAUUAAAUGGAAAUGUUCCACAUUCAGACAAUAUCAGCACAAAAAUACACCAAGCUUGCUACAUCAGUCACUGAUAGGAGUUGAUUUUGCUGCUCCCUUAUAAGGACAUCACGAUUUAUGUAGUCUUAUUUUAAUUAAUGAUGCGUAUUGCCGGUGGUACAGUAGGUAGCUACAUUCUUGUUACCACGAAGUGCUUUAUUCCACAAACUAUGACUGGGUCCUUUAAAGUAGCUCCUAAGAGAUUCAUAAAUAUGUUUUCAUUUGUUUUUAGAGAAUUGAAGAGUGUGCUAAUAGAGAUUUCUCUUGUUCAGGGGAGCUGACACGAUGUUAUUCUGUUUUUAAUAAUGUAUCCAUUGUUUUACAAGCAGCAUCUUCUGGACUCUUUCAGUUACUGUGAUCAGUUUGAUUGUUUUACCAAACAAUAACUUGUUUACUAUCCCCCUCUUUAAUUUGAAUGUGGAUGUGUCUGGAAUGGAUGUUUGAUACUACCUUCACAUGCACAUCCAUGCACACGUUCACACAGGCCAAGUUUGAACAAUUUGAAGCUUGACACCUACGUAUUAUUUUGGUUACAGUUAUUUUAUUGAGGAUAUCUCUAUGUUUUAUGUUUAUUUGUGCUGUAGCAACCUCUUCAGAUCUUUGUUCAUUGUCCAUGUUCUGUUUUGUAUGAAAUUGAGGGAUAGUUUGCAUCAUUUUGCUUUGAUAAGGACUAUUUCAAAGACUUAAAAUAUAAUAAUGGAUUUCUUAUUGAUUUAAUAGUUGUAUCAAAUAUUCAGAAUGCACUUAAAUGUUAAAUGCCUAUUAAUGAAGUUAUUCAAAUGUUGUACUCUUAUUUUAAGGUAGAAAAUGCAUAAUUUGUCAUCAAUCUUCCUCUGUAGUAUGUGGUGAUUGACUGACACUCAAUCUGCUGUGAAGUAAUUAUAGACUGAUAUGACAAGGAUUCAUUAGUUCAAAUGUAUAUAUAGAUUAUCCUUGUAAUUUGGACCUUGUCAAAUGUCCUUAAUUAGUUUACAAUCAAUAAUGUAUGGGUCUGCGUGGAAAGUGCAAGGCCCACUCAAUCAUAUACUUAUACUAGUUGAUUCAAGGUAUUGUCAACAUAUUGUAAUGCCCUUAGAGUUCAACAUGAGGCCAGUAGUAUUGUUAGAUGGAGUGGACUAAUGCCGUUUUAAAAUUUUCUGGUUGAACACAAAAAAAACACUAUACUCAUGUAAUGCUUCCAGUUUUGUAAAUAAAUGUUGACCACUGCAAUUACAUUACUGUAUUAUUCUCCCUUAAUGAGAUUAUAUUCACUGGACACACUGGUUGAAUCAACUCUGUUUCUAUGUAAUUUCAAUUAAAUUCUGCUAAACCAACAUGUAAUAUACUUUGAAUUAACUUCUGCGCCCAGUGGGUUCCUUGUAAAACCAAUGUCAAUGUUAUUGCUGCUAGCUUGAUUCUUCUCAGCUGGCAUUUUACUUGCACCUCUCGCAGGGUAAUGCAAGUGUUUUUCUUUGGGUAGGUAACUAUGAUCGCUAUUUGUCUUUCUAGUUCUGCUACACCAGUAAUGGCAUGUCCCGCAUGACACAAACAUUUCCAUUUGAUUUCAGAUUAAGUUCUUAAGGAACUGCUUCACUCCAAUGUUUGCAGCCAGAACUGGAUGCACCUGAAAUGUAACAUACAAUACCAUAGUCGACACAACACAAGUUCACCUUUAAUGUAGAAAACAAAUUGGUCUGCAUAAUUCUAGGACUUUGUGUGAAAUAUAUGGGAUAUUAAAGCGCCCUCUCAAGGUGGAAUGGGCUGGCUACUUUGGACCGUCAAAACUGGCCAAGUUUUUCGAUUGAUACCCUUUAAGGCUCCAGAAAGAAGAAGUCAACUGAAAUUGUGAGUUGCAUUAAAGAAGACAAAUGUUGAUCCAAUACCGUUGUCUUAGAUUUAUCUUCAAUGCAAAGGCAAAAGCAUCAGCAGAAACAGUACAGUCUGCAGUGAGCAGCUGGAAUCUAAUGUUCACCAAAAACAAUGGAAAUGGCCUUUCCUUGCUUGGAUGAUAAAAAUGUCUAUGAAUAUGCAUGUCUCAUUUCUGAACCGCUUCUGCAUUUAUCACAGAACUGGGCUACUCUUAAAUAGACUGCAUGUAAGUAAAGUGUGAAUCCAAUUGGUGCAAUAUCCACUGAUGUGAUCAGCUGAUACCACCACUCUCGGGUUUCUCUUUUGAACUGCUUUCGCUUGAUAUAAAAGUCCAAGUGAAAAAGUAGAUUUCUAAGAUGACCAGUUCUACACAUGCUUCCUUGAUGCACACAUGCACUGGUGUCUCUUGCUGCCAUUGCCAUUACUGGUGUAACUAGCUGUUACUAUUUCUGCUUGCUGUUUUCUGAUAUCCAAUUACCACUCCAGCCUUCAACUGUGUGGGUUCUGUUCCUUCAGGGGAUUUGGUAUAGCAUAUCGUACUGAUCUGUAGUUGUUUUAUCAUCUGUGUAUGAUGCUUUGCUCUGGCAGUGAGCUACUCUGAAGGAGCAGAGCCUAAAGCCUAGACUAUGCAUUGCAAUUCUAUCUAAUACAUGGCUAAACGUGGCAUUUCCUUUCUGAAAUGAAGUUGUACCAGAACGGCCUAAUGUGUUCUGAGACUUUCCUAGAUUCAGUGACAGUUGAAGUACCAGCAUUCUGUUUAACACUUAUUUGGUUACUUCAUGGUUCCGUAUGUGUUAUUUUAUUGUUUUGAUGUCUUCACUAUUAUUUUACAAUGUAAAAAUAAAGAAAAACCCUUGAAUGAGUA